GAGGGCAGUUAUACUUUCGCUUUGAUCAUUUCUGGAAAAAACGAUAUCUUUUUGCUAAAGUUUUAACCCUGGAAAAAAAUACUGACAGAAAUAAAGAGGAAUAGUCCUGCAUUAUGAAGUGCUCUGACAGCACAUGUAGUUCUGUGGGGCCGGGCAAGUUUUGUCAUGAGUGUGGGUCAAAGAUGAUUGAAGAAGUUAAAACAGAUACUGUUGUUAUAUGCAAUGGCAAACAAGACAAUGGAGACCCUUGUCAGUCAGAGCUUGUGAAGGGACUAAAAUUUUGUCCUAAUUGUGGAACAAAAGUUGACCAGUCAUUAUUUAAUCUUCAAGAGGAAAGAUGCAGUAAAUGUAGCCAUAUCCUACUAACAGGACAGUCAUUCUGUACUGAAUGUGGUCAUAGAAAAAAUGUUAGAACAGGUAAACCAAUUACUGUUGAGAAGGUCGGAGAAACAGAUAAUAGGGGUAGUGAUAGAAUGGAGUCUAUUUCUAGUUCAAAAGACGAGAAUGCAAAUCAGUCAACAGCUUUAGGACAGGAUGUUUUGGAUAAGGAAGGAUCAUCUGAUAAGGAAAAUGCCAAUGAAAGGUUAGCAGAGGAACCCAUGUCAAUAGAGAUUAUUGAAAUGGAAACUGAUGCAAAUCAUCAGACCUCUAAUGAUGGAAAUUUGAACAAAGAGCAUUCAGAUGUUGAUGUAGAAGAAAAUAAAACUAGCAGUCAUCAAGGUGAAGAGAAGAAAAGGAAUACAGAAACUAUGGAAACAACAAUUGAUCUAACAGAAACUGGUGACUCUGGAAGUGAUAUUGACAUCCUUGAUGGCAGUGACACAGAGUAUGAAUCUUGCAGUGAAAAAGAGGACACAAACCUUCAAUCUGGAAACCUGAACAUUUUGCCUUCAAGUCCAAAUACAGAUUUAUCAGCAGAGCUAAAAAAUGUUAAUCUAGAUAAUACGCAAAAAGGAAAUGUUGUUAUUAUUGAUGAGUCUAAUUCCAAUGAUAACAAAAAAGAUGGUCAAUCUUCAGAUACAGAAAAUGAUUCUCAGUUUGAUAGUGAUGACUCUGAUGCUAAUAGUGAUCUGUCAAAUCCAACACAGAUCCCUAAACAUGUAAAAGAAGAUAAGGAUCAAGCAAAGAAAAAACGUAACAAGAAACAAAAGGAAAACAAGAAAAAAAUUAAAAAAGAGAAGGAAGAUGAAAAUGUUGGUGACUCUAAUCCUUCAGAUCCUUCUGCUGAAGGAGAUAAAAAGAAUGACAAAUUACAUCAAGUAGCACAAAAGAUUGAAGCAGGUACUCAAGGAUCCACACCAUCAGAAAAUAAAAAAGUAUUUAGACAAGAUUUAGGGUAUGAAUUCAAUCAAAGGGGUGACUCAGUUGGAAUAAAAACUUCUCCAGGGAGUAGCAUUUUUGAAUUGAAUAAAGGUAAGGUUGGUACACAGGAGACAAAGAAAAUAGCAGAUUCUGAAAAACAUGGGAUAUCACAAAAAAUUGAAGCAGGUGCUCAAGAGUCAAAACCAUCAGAAAAAGGAAAGGUAUUUGGGCAAGGUUUAGGGUAUAGACUGACACAAAGAGGUGACUCAGUUGAAAUAAAUACUCCAUCUCAGAAAAGUAGCCUUUUUGAAUUGGGUAAAGGUGAACCUGGUACACAGGAGACUAAGAAUUCAGCAGAUUCCGAAAAACCUGGGACUCAAGAGUCUGUAAAGACAACAGAUGAAACUGAAAGCUCAAGUGGUUCCAAAGGAAAUGACAAAAAUGAAGAUGAUGACCAGGAUGAAGAUGUUGAAAUGGAAGAGAACUCUGAUAAUGAUGAUGGUUCAAGUGUUGAUCAAGGUUUGUCCAGGAGGCAAAAGAAAAAUCAGAAAAAGAAGACUUCAAAAGAAAUAGCAGAGCCGAAAGAGGCCAAAGAGAAAGAAAAUAAGAGCAAGAAUAAAAACCAAACACCAAAGGCUUCUAAUGCAACUGGAGCUAAUAGGAAUAGAGGUGGAGCAUCGAGGCAGAUAACUUUACACUUUCAUGCUCUAUUAAGUGAAGAUUUCAAGUUUGAUCAGGAGAAGCAUUUAGUGAUCUUGAAAAUGUCAGACAAUUGGAGUGACAUGUCUAAUGUCUGUAGUGUGAAAAAAAAGCUGCCUGGAGAGAAUGUAUACGAGAUAGAACUGAUAAAGAAAAUUCCCAUGUCACAGUUAACUGGAAGAAGAUUGUACUAUAAAUAUACUGUAAUGAAAACUGAAAAAGAUAAUGACAAAUUUAUUUGGGAACAUUAUCUUAGGGAGAGCUAUACCCAACAAACUUCUGGCCCAGGUGUAAAUCGACUACUUGUUAUACAAGACAAAUGGAAAAAUACAGAUGAAUGGCACCAAUAUGAUGGAGUUAUUGAAAAGGAGCCAUCAACAUGGCGAGAAAAAUUUAGAGACUGGGUUUUUGACUGGAAAAAGCAACUCACCAAGCAUGCAAAAAGAACCGUACAAUAUUUCAGUGAUAGCAUUAUAGAAGCAGAAGACUCGAAGUACUCCCUGACAUAUGUCCUAGAUCAACUUGAAAUUCUACUUUCAUGUGCGAGGAAGAUAUAUUUUCUAGAUGCCAAAUGCUGGGAGGAGUACAAAGAAGGCCAAUUUAAGGAAGAAAUUGGUGGCUGUGUCCUGGAUGUCAUACUUGAUAAGAUAAAAGAUGUUGACACUGAACAACAAUGUUGGGAUGAAAUGCGUGAAAGACAAGUUACAAUGUCUGUGGCUGCUGUUUAUGCACUGAAUAAGUUGUCACUGCCUUUGAAAAAUUUGAAAAAAUGGCACAAAGUAUGUCAGCAUCUGAUUUUACAACCAGCCUCAACUGAAAAGAAGUGCAUUGAAAUAACAAUUGUUGAAAAGUACUUCCCAGAGAAAAGGAAACAUUUGAAAGACUCAUUUAUCUCUUUGGCCAUUGAGAUAGCUAGAACAUCAAAGGAUCCAUGUUGGCUUUACCUGAUGCCUUGGAUACAUUUUCUUUCCGACUGGUGUACUCCUUUUGAUAGUCCCCCUGAUGAUGUAAAACAUGAUAAAAAAGAACCACUUUGGUGGGGUUUGUCAUCAGAUCUGAACACAUCAGUUGCAUACUUUACUGGAAAGUCAGAUAAAUGGUUUGUUUCCUUAGAAAAAGUUCUAAAUUUGCUACAGCCAAUGUUUGAAGUAGAUUAUCUCCUACCUAGAACAUUCAUGUCUGCUUUAGAACUUAAGCAUUUGAAGACAGUUAUUCUAACAGGAAAAAUUCCAGCAGAAGUAGUUCUUGCAAACCUGAUAUACUUUGUCCGGAAAACAAAGCCAAGAUAUUCAAGUGAUUAUGCAACAUCAGAUGAAGUGUCUGUUGCAGAAUGUAUCUCUGCCUUCUUGGACAUGUCUACAAAAGAUGAAGGAAGAAAUGAAACUUGCAGUGAGGCUCAAAGUAACAUGAGAUACUACAUUUCUCAACAACUUUUUAUAGAGAGUAUCAGUACAGACAAGUUUCAUAUUGUGCAGUAUUCCAUGAGUCUGAUGUUACAUUUCCUAUCAUGUUUUGAUAUCACAGAGAACCCUAAAACAAACAGUAAAAGAGCUUCUGUUGAGAAGUGUCUGAAAAGGUAUGUUCCAGAGAUGAUAAAAUGGAUGGACAAACAUGUCUGGAACUGGAACCUCUACAUGGAUAAAGUAUUAAAUUUCUGGAACAGCCUUUAUACACCUGAACAAAUUCAGUCAGAUUUUGUCAAAGAUACAUGGAAUGAAGGAAUAAGUAAGGGACUAACUGAAAGGCUGCAUACAAAGAUCUGUGGUGACAACUGGCUGAUGUCAUCAUUUGUUCAGCUGUAUUGUAAAACAAUAGAUUCUUACCAUCCUUUAAUGCAAGACAGCAUGAGUAAAACUGCUUUCAAGGCAAUUGAAAAAGGAUAUGCUGUGGACUAUGGGAGGUUUAACAAGUAUGAGACUGAAAGAUUUGGGAAUCUGUUGUCAGAUUUGUUUCUGAAAGAAUGGAAAAAAAUGAUCAAAACAAAAGAUGCAGAGAGGGAUAUUCUUCAUCACUUUCUAAAGUGGCCUCCUUUUAUGCAGUUUGUGAAAAUAUAUGCCAAAGAUCGUGAAAAGAUGAAAUUGUCAGAGGAAUGUGUUGAAAGGUUAGUGCAGGCUGUAUCAGUUGUCCAUAGUUGUAUCAGAUGGCUGCUGACUGGAGAAAUCACCAUUGGCAACCUUCUUCUAAUCCAGACAAAAGACAUUAAUUUCCCAGAGCUUGCAGAGUUGGUAAAAGUGGAAGAGGCACAUACUAAGGACUUUAUAGCUAAAGUAAUUCAGAUAAGACAAAAGGAGAUGGAGGCCUUUCACAAACAGGCAGAAUUAAUGAUAACACUAACUUCUAUGUGCCAACACCUUGGAAAUGCUGAUACAAGGGCAGUGGACAAUACUUUACAAAAACAAAAGCACAUUGAAGUUCAUAAAGUGAAUGAAUUCUGUGUACCUGCUGACAUGAGUAAAGAGACAAACAUGGAGACAUUUCAACCAAAGUUGUGUGCCUUUAAAGUAUCACAGACUGUGCUAGAGAUUUUACCCAGUCUACAGGUGUGCAGCGAGAGCAGUACCUUUAUGAAGUUCUGGACAGCUGAGUGUCAAAGUGACAAAAGUCAUUCUCCAAACUUAGAUGAUGUUGUACCACAAAUUUGGACAGCUGCCAAAAAAAGAUGGGAUACGAAGGCAAAAAACAUAAAGACAGGAGAGAUAAAAUUCCAAGAAUUUGAGAAAAUUCUUGGAAACAUCUAUAGAGAAGACUAUGAUAGAAUGGCCAUAGAGAUGAAAACUCUCAAACUUUCUGACAAAGAAGUGAAGAAACGUAUUGAUCAGUUGCAGAAAUAUAGGCAGCUCGAAGCAUGCACAAAGGGAGCUAAAACAAUACUGAAGUUUGCAAAAGAUUAUAACUUAAAGGGUGAUUUUGAACAGAUCAGAAUUAUUGCUACUCAUGGUGAGAGUGAUCUAGAGAUGAGAUCAUUUGAUGACAAUGUGAUGAAUGCCUGUGAUUUCCUCAAGCACCUUACACCACAGAGGGAGAAAUGCCUAAAAAUGUUUGUUACAUGCAAACCUUUAGUUCAGUGGCUGAAAGAAUCAAUGAAGAAAGCUGGAUUAAAAGAGCUGAAGGUAUUUGUUGACCUGGCAUUUAUGUCAGCUGGUGAUGAACCAAUCAACAUUGCUCGCGUUCAGUGUCUCCACUCAGCUGUGACAGGAUAUGCCCCACUUAUAUUUGACCUGGAUGAGAAUUGUGGUUACAAGGAUCUCUUGAAACUUUGUGAUGUUGUUUGGAAAGAACUUGAAGCAAAUUCUAAGCUUCCAGAUAAACUGAAAGACACAAAUAGACAGCUACAAUGGCUUAAAGAAAUCAAGAAAGCUCACGGUUCAGUGGAGGUUACCUCCCUUAUGCAGGCUGAAGCUAUUAAUGCUAAUGGAAUAUUUACAGUUGGUAAAAAUGCAUGGAAGAAAGAUGCUGAUGCACAGAAGAUGAAUGAAACUUUACUGGCUGUGAUGGACAUUAUAAAGCUAACAGUUCCGGAGAAAGAAGGCAAGAGUCAGCAAAGAAACUACACAUUCUCCCAAUGUCAGGAUCUACAGAGUAGACUCAUGUUGGUGGCUGGAAAGGCAGAGAUGGGUACAGAUAGUGUGGACAGAUUUACCAUGAUAUUUGACAGUAUCACCAGACUAAGCAGUGUGUACAUGAAACUUUGUUCAUCUGGAUGCGUGCUGUUUAAAGACUGGACAGCUAGAUUCCUGUGUUAUCCUAAACCUGAUCGUCCUGUUUGUGCCAUACUAGAGUUUGGUCAAGGUGAUAGUGUACCUCAGCUGAAGGGAAGACGAUCUGAGAGGGAGGACUUGAAGGAUAUAAUUCCUGAACUAGCCAAGUUUAUGGAAUGUUGUCUUGAUGAAUGGCUGGAUCAUAUUAAGGAGAAACGAAAGACUUAUCUUCACUUGAACUACUACACUGUAGACCAACUUGUUAUCCUUCAGAGAGAACUGGUUAAAAUGGGAAUAGAAUCAGAGCCGUCACAUCUGGUGUAUCCUUUAUUGUCUGCUGUAAAAGAGAAUUGUACACCAGAUGACCUUAUAGAGGCAAUGGCUGCUGCUAAAGAAGAGAUAGAUGGUGAUGUAGAUAUGGAAGCUGUAGGUGAAAAUGCUGAUGAUGAUGAGGGAGAUGAAAUGCCAGCUGAUGCCACUGAAGACGAGAAGAGACAAAAUUUUAUACAGGAACUUGUUGUAGCUGGAUAUGAUGAGGCCCUUGCACUGAGGGCGCUGCAGUUUAUGGGACCAGAGGAUGUUACUGCUGGUAUAGUAUGGUGUAUGGAUCAUGAUGAGGAUUCAAAUAUGUCUGAUGAUGUGGAACAGCCUCAAAUUGAUAAUCAACCAAUGAGAGAGCAGGUUACACCGAGACCUAUAUUCACUGGCUGGAGCCAAUCACAAACUGACAUACAAACUAUGAUUCUAACAAACAUAUCUGGACUGAGAAAGCAGAAUGAUGUUGGAUCGGCUCCUCUGAUCAGUGAUCUUACUGCAUUAUGGAAACAGUUUCUGGAUUCUAUAUCUUCCAAUAUACGAGACUAUCUUAGUCUGGAACAUCUUGGCCUUAUACUGAAAUAUCUUGCUAGAAAAGAUACAAAAGAAGUAUCCAGAUCAUUACCACCAGGCUUCAAAGAAGGUGAACCCAACCUGAUUAUAUGUCCAUCAGGAGAUGUAUUGAUGACCACACUAUCUAUAUAUAUGAUGGACAGAGAUCAACCUCUACCUAUGUCAGAUGAAAUACUCUUGUGUACACCUAACACAACCAAAGAUGAAGUAAGAAAGUUGAAAUAUCGAUUGUUGGUGAUCUGUGGGUCAGACAAUGAGUACAGAUCUACCAUUGUGUCAUCACUGGACAAGUUUAAGAGACAACCAUUACCAGCAAACACUUCUCAUUUACGAGACUACCUGGCUAAUAAACUAAUUGUACAGGAACAUGAUAUAGAAGGUGUUAGACCAGCAGCUUGUGUUGAUAGACAAAGAUCUACAGUACGAGUGAUCAAGUCAUGGAGAGCUGGUGUAGGCAAGACAUUGUUUAAACAUAGAAGAGAAGAAGAACUGUCACCUCUAAACAGAGGACCAGUUAAAUCAAACACAGUGUCUAUACCACUACAAGAGAAAACAAUAGAUCUACAUUAUGUGAUAGAGAGACUUCUAGAACACACAACACAACCAGGGGAGAUCACUGCCAGACUCUUCCAUAUUGAUGUAGCUCAUGAGGUAGAGAAUGGCGUUGAUUAUCUUUUGUUUAACUUGCUAGUACUGGGUUGUUUGACAGACAAGACUGGGUUUGUAUGGAGGAAAUCCCCCACUGAUAUCUACCUGAUUGAAACCAUGCCUCUAAUGAUGCAUGCUACAAAUAGAAGGGGAGCAGAUUUACUGUAUGUACAUCCUAUGUUGAGUGUAUUACCAGACCUGACAUGUAGAUCACCACAGGAAAGCUUACAGAUAUAUCUUGGUGUUAAUCCUCAUGACAUUGUGGAUUAG